CCUCUGGAGUCUUGAGGCUUAUUUGAUGUUGAGACAAGAGAAGCCAAGGCAUUCGCCACCAAAUUGGGAACGUUUCCAGGAAGAAAAAAGAAAGGUUCCACCUCACUAUCUAUCAAAGAUCCCAAUACUAUAAACAUCUCAAAUCUCUUCAAAGGUUUGUUGAAACUGUCUGAAGUGAAAACCUACUGCAUAUUUGCCCUAUGAAAAACAUUUUAUGGGUGCCUUUUCCUUUAGAGGUAUGAGUGUGGUUGGGGAAAAAGGUCACCAUCAGGUUCAGACUCAUUUUCCACAUGGGAGAGUCCCAUCACACCAAAGCAUCUGCUUCACUUCUGGAUGUGCUGGUCUCUCUUCUGGCUUUCCUUCAGGAAGCUGAAUCACUUCUAUGUUUACAAUAAAAGUGAUUUUUUAUCCAGUUGUUUUUCUUCAACAAACCUAUUCAAAAUACCAGAUAAAAUCUUCUGGAAAAGCCAUGAGUCCCAAGAUGGAUGUCCAAAUGGCUGCCAGGACCCAAUGUUGUGUGGCCCAAAGGACAGGCUUUGUUUUGGAGCUCAGACUCAGGAACACAAGCCAGAGCCCUGAUCUCUCCAGGCAAUUACAGGAUAUAAAACGAUGCUCAAAAGCAGACUCCAGAGUGCCUCAGUAGCCUCCAAGAACACUCUGAGUGUAGGGAGAGCAGCAAAGGCAAAGCAGACAUGAGGAAGCUACUGACACCAAUGAUCUUGACUCUGGCCCUGGCAGUGCACUGCUGCUGUGAGAAAGAUCCCAUAGAGCCCUCAGGAUCUCCCAGUGCUGCCAGCAUCACAGUUAAAAAGGAAGUUGCCAAUGCCUUUGUGAAGAGGCAGAAGAGAUUCGACAUGUAUGAAUGGUACUCUGAGUAUUACAAAAGCCCAAUGGAGCAGAUGCGUGAGCGUUGUGAAAGCUACCCUCCCUGUGACUAUCUGUCUGACCAAAUAGGAUUUCCCAUGGCCUACAACCGUUUCUUUGGGAGAUACUAAGGCUGGGAUUAUUAUUUUGAUCAUCUGACCAUUCUGAAAACCCCAGCAGAAAGAAUCUUGUGGAUAAGAAGAAGGGAAGAAGAACAUCUGCACCGAGACCAUCUUCCAUUGUCUCCCUCGCCAGCUGAAACACAAAGGCUAUUCCACUUGUCUGGAUUGCAUCAGCUUUCUUGCUCUCAUCAAAAAUGUUGAUUUUCUGUUAUCUUCAGUGGUAUUUUCAGUGCCACCAGGAAUGGUUGAGAAGACUCUGUGUUACCCGCUUCCUUUGUAAAUACUAUUACAUAGCUAGAAAUCACGUCCCAGUAUACUCUUCUUAUUAUUCUACCACAAAAUUUGCCUGUAUAAUAUCAACAUUUAAAUCCCCAGAAGUGUGUUUGAAGACCUUUUAGAUGAGCCCUUCCAUCUGUGUGCUUUCAGUUCACAUUCAGUGACUGUGAAAAAUGAAUUGGAAAUCUCUUAUUGUUUUUAUUACAAUUGAUUUCUGGUGAAACUGAACAAAAAAAGUCAAUCUUUCCCUGAUGCUUUAGCUUUUGUGCUUGAAAUUAAACAGUCAGGUUUUCUCCCCAAAACAAACAAAAUAAAGCGAUGAACUUUAUGAAAUAAAAAUAAAGCUGUUCAGUGGUGGAUUGAAGAUAGGACAGCAUUUUUUUCAUUCAGGGUGACUUGCCUUUUUCUUUAUAGAUAUAUAUAUAAUACAUACACACAUAUCUUCUUCCCUCUGCACUACUUCAUUCUGUCUCCCUGUAUGAACCUUAUGCAUGAGCAACUUUCAGCAGUCUCCCUUGACACAGUCUAUCAAAAUGUAUCCCUGAGAGGUAGAUGGCAAAUCCGUCUCCAACAGCAGACGCUGCUGGGCCUCAAGGAACUGAGAAACACCAAAUCUCUCGUGUAAGCUGGUGCAG